UCUCCCAUUCUUUCAAGAGUCGCCACCUAGAACCUCCUCCAACUAGGAUUUGCUUCAUCCUAGUCAUGCUUCGCGUGUGUAGCUAGGUUGGAGUCCUUGCGAAAGGUGGGCCCUUGUCUGGCGUUUCUUGACAUUGAGAUCUUGAAAUCCAGAUUCGGCCUAGCCGUCGGCUUGACAGACCUAUUGGGGCAGUCCAUAAGUCCCAGUCGUCUCUUCCUAGCCGAUCUGAGCCCCAUGUAUGCGCAGCUGCAGCGCGAGACGCGGUAACUGUUGUCCGCGCACGUCGCGUCCCGCCAUCUCGCCGCAAUGGCGCUUCAGGAAGCGACUGCCUCUUCCUCCACCCCUGCCCCCCCUUCCUCCUCCGCAUCCCCCGCUUUCCCCACCACAUCCCACCUCGAUCUCCCCUCUCCUUCCCUCCCAUCCCCGCUCGGUGCCCCCUCCGCGGGCCCCGCUCCAGACACCCCCUCUUCCCCGCGAUUCUCCUUCCCGCGCGCAUCCUCCCCCGCUCCGCUUCCGCCUCCGCUUCUCCCGUCCGUGUGGGCGCGCGUGGAGCGCACGAUCAACUCGCUGUGCCACAACCGCUGGCUGGGGCUCAUCUGCGGGCUAUGGCUGCUCGCGUGCGCGGGGAGCUCCGCGACGUUCGCGAUCUACUCGCCGGCGCUUAAAGCCGUGGGCGGGUACAACCAGCGGCAGGUGGACGGGCUGGCCGUGGCGAAGGACAUGGGCGAAAGCGUCGGGUUACUCCCGGGGCUGCUGUGCGAUGCGCUGCCCGUGUGGGCGCUCGUGCUGGUGGGGUCGCUGCACUACUUGGUCGGCUUCAGCGGGCUCUUCGCCGUCGCCACUCACCGCAUCCUGCCGCUGCCCUUCUGGCAGAUGUGCGGACUGAUGCUGGUGGGGUCGCAGGGCACGGCGUGGUUCAACACGGCGGUGCUGGUGACGUGCGUGCGCAACUUCCCGCGGUCGCGCGGCUCCGUGGUGGGGCUGCUCAAGGGCGUGGUGGGCCUCUCGGGCGCCAUCUUCACCCAGGUGUACGCGGCGCUCAUCGCGCCGGACCAGGCGGCGUACCUGGGCUUCAUCGCCGUGGUGCCGCCGCUCGUGUCGCUGCCCGCCAUGACCUUCCUCAGGCCGUCGAAGCGGCUGCGCGCGGGGCACUGCACGGCGCACGAGACGGAACGCGACGUGCGGCGGCGCGAGGAGCACGAGGGGCAGACGCUGCACACGUUCCUCGUGAUCGCGCUGGGGCUCGCCGCGUACCUGCUGCUCGCCAUGCUGCUGCACGACGGCAACUCCUCGCAGCAGUUCAACCGCGGCAUUCUCGCGGGGAUGGUCUCCUUCCUCCUGCUCCCCCUCGCCACCUUCCUCCCGCCUCUCUUCCCCUCCUCCUCCGCCUUCCCCUCCACCGCGCCCACUCCCCCUUCCUCCACCACCCCUACCAAGAGCCGCCGCCCCUCGGGGGGGGAUGGGGAGGCAGCAGGGGGGAGCGAGGGGGGGGAGGGGGAGAGAGAGGGGGCGGGGCGGGGGGCGUUGGAGCGCAGUGAGAGCUACGACUCGCUGCUGUCCGACAUCAGCCGCGUCAGCUCGCUGGCGGACCUGCAGUCCUACUUCGCCCAGCGCGGGGGGGGGGCAUCAGGGAUGCCCAUGGGCAUGGGCAUGGGCAUGGGUGGUGCAGCUGGUGGGGGUGGUGCUGGGGGGGGUGCGUCAGGGGCUUACUGGGGCGCGGAGGGGAGCAGUAGCAUGGGCGGUGCCGGAUCCUCAGGGUCGUUCGUGGCAGGGUCAAGCAUGGGGGGCAGCAGUAUGGGCGCCCAGCAGGGCGGGUGGUACGCUCCCCCGGGCUUUGCCCUUGCUGUGUCUGCUCUCUCACCAGCGCCACCACGAGCCAGACCCAUCUUCUCUCCCGCCACCUCCUCGCCUCCCACCCCUGCCUUUUCCCUUGGCGUCUCCCCCCCGGUUCCUCCUCUCGCCCUCGCUCCUCCCAUCGCCUCCUCGUCUGCUGCACCCCCUGCCGCUGCGCCCACACCUGCCCCUGCAGCACCCGCUGUACCUGCUUCUGCUGUACCUGCUUCUGCUGCACCUGCUUCUGCUGCACCUGCUUCUGCUGCACCUGCUUCUGCUGCACCGGCUGACGCCAACGGCGCUCCUCCCCUUCGCAGCCCCGUGGGCCUGGCUGCUGCCCUCGCGCCUGCCUCCCAGCGCUUCUCCUCGCUCCGCCCCUCUGACCCGCUGUGCAAGGGAGCAUCCCCUGCUGGCUCUGCUGGUGCAGGCGGUGCUGGUGAUGCGCUGAGGGCACCGCUCCUGGCGCCGCAGGAGAAGGAAGAAUGGGACGCAUCUGCUGACGCUACAGCAGCACCAGUAGCAACAGCAACAGCAACAGCAACAGCGCCAGCAGCAGGACCGUCCACGCUACGCUCACCACCAGCCACCACCGCCCCUUCCCGCUUCCCCUUCCUCUCCCUCUGCCUCCCCACCUCCUGCUGGCCCUUCCGCCGCCCCGCCCCCACCCAACCCCAGCAGCAGCACGGCCACCACCACCACACAGAGGAGGAGCGGCGGCGCAAGCAGGCAGAGCUGCUGCUGGCGGUGGGGGAGGGAGCGGUGCGCGUGGGAGGGGGCAGGAGGCGGUCGGGGCCGCGGCGAGGGCAGGACUUUACCCUGCAGCAGGCGGCGGUGAAGGCAGACUUCUGGCUGCUGUUCGUGUCAUUCCUGUGCGGCACGGGCAGCGGGCUGACGGCCAUCAACAACCUGGCGCAGAUGGGCACGGCACAGGGCUACAGCAGCGUGCGCGUCUUCCUCUCACUGCUCAGCGUCAGCAACUUCGUGGGGCGCCUGCUGGCCGGAUACGCGUCGGAGCACGUGGUCAAGGAGCACGUGCUGCCGCGCCCCGUGCUGCUGCUUAUGGCGCAGUCCCUCAUGGCGGUGGGCCACGUGUUCUUCGCGCUGGCGUUCCCCACGUCCCUGCACCUGGGGUCGGUGAUAGUCGGGCUGUCAUACGGCGUGCACUGGUCCAUCAUGCCCGCCACCGCCAGCGAGCUCUUUGGCCUCAAGCACUUUGGCAUGCUCUACAACACGCUCACCGCCGCCUGCCCCUUCGGCUCCUUCGUCUUCUCUGGGCUGAUUGCGGGGUAUCUGUAUGAUAGGGAGGCUGAGAAGGACCAUAGUAGUGGGGGGGGGCCAGGGGUGGGCGGAGCAUCAUCCGCACUUGCUCACACGGCUUCUGCCUCGGACACCCUGUCCCGACGCAUCUUGCGCUCCACAUCUCAAAGCUUGACCCUCAGCAGCAGCAGCAGCCUAGAACGAAACGUCAGCAGCAUUGGUAGCAGCAGCGGGUUGCAUGUAGCUGAGUGGGCGAUGGCGGCGGGCAAGAGCAAGGAGUGCUAUGGUGCACACUGCUUCCGCCUGACGUUCUUCAUCAUGGCUGCGGUGUGUGUGCUGGGGGUGUGCCUCAACCUCAUCCUCAUCAUGCGCACGCGUGUUGUGUACACGUCGCUCUAUGCCAAGCCAGACGCCAAGGCACAGAAGGAGGAGCAGGAGGUGCGUGCCGCUGCUAGAGAGGUGGUUUCAGCAGCUGCUGCUGCUGCACGGAGAGUGAGAGUAGAGGGGCUGGCAGGGAGGACUGACCAAUCAGCUGUGCAGUGCAGAAAGACGUAGAGACUGGUUGUGGGUAUCUGUUUGAUGCUUCAGAUGUACGGUUCUAUCAAAUUUCAACACGACGUUAUUGCAAAAUAGUGUA